CAGGAACUUGAUCAGAAACCUCCUGCCCGUCACUCCUAAAGGGGAAGGGCUGCGCUCAACAACAACUCUGUAAUCCUCUGGUUUCACCUCCUCCUCAGCUCUGUCCACCUCUCAGUCUCACUGCUUUCUCUCCUCUUGACUGGAAGCUGCUGAAACUCAGCGGCUUGUUGGGAGGGCCGGCCGCUUCUCUAUCUGUUGCCCACUUUCUUGGAGCCGUUUUGGGACAAACUCAGAAAUUAAUUCGAGGAAUGCAAAGUAUAAACCAGGGCGGGCGGAGAGGCUGCAGGCAGAGCACGAACCUGAUCUGGAAACGGUAAAGCUGGAGGUCGAGCUGAGGAGGAGCAGGUGGUCGAGUGGAACUUCAACAGUUCUGCUUCCAGGAGAACGUAGGAGUACAACCAUUAAAUCAGAGUUUUUGUUUGAUAAAGAAAUAAAGAUUGGAUUUAUUAAAGCCUGGGCGAUCGCCCAGACGCUGUUCGGAUGCAUUUAUCACUGGACACCAUGAGCAUGGUGGACGACAGCUGCCUCUCACCCAGCACCUUCCACGAGCUGGGGAAAGGCGGGAGCGCCGCAGCUGGAGGCCGCGUCCACAGCAUCGACGUCAUCCUGGGUUUCAGCAAAGACCAGGACCCCUUGUUGAGCGCGUCUGGGGCCCCGGGGCCCCACAAAGUGAACAUCAACGGGCUGGCGGAGCAGGGGAAGCAGCAGGAGCCCUCGUCCCACCCGUCCUUCAGCGGACACCUGUCCUCUGGGAGGAGCAGCAGCAGCUCGCAGCAGCAGUACCAAGAUACCGGUUUGUUUGCGAACAAGACUGACGAAGAGCUCGGUGAGCUGAGGAAGAGCGUGGAAGACAGCGACGAGGGCAAGUCUCCAGAGCCGGGCACAGACGAUCAGCCCAAGAAAAAGCACCGACGCAACCGCACCACCUUCACCACCUACCAGCUGCACGAGCUGGAGCGGGCCUUCGAGAAGUCCCACUACCCGGACGUGUACAGCCGAGAGGAGCUGGCCAUGAAGGUCAACCUGCCCGAGGUCCGAGUCCAGGUCUGGUUUCAGAACCGCAGGGCUAAGUGGCGCCGGCAGGAAAAAAUGGAUGCGAGCACCAUGAAGCUUCACGACUCCCCCAUGCUUUCCUUCAGUCGCUCGGCUCCAGUUCACACCAACAUGGGUCCUAUAGCCAACUCCCUCCCUUUGGACCCCUGGCUGGCCUCCCCCUUGUCCAGUGCUACUCCUGUCCAGUGCAUCCCGGGCUUCAUGAGUCCAACUCAGGGCCAGCAGCCCAGCUAUCCCAGCCACGGGUUCCUGAACAGCACGCCUCACGCUCCUCACCCUCACUCUCAUCCUCACCUGCCCACAGGUCAGGGGAUGCAGAGCAUGGCUCCUCCUCCUUACCAGUGUCCGGCUCCGUACCCUGAGAAGUUCUCCCUGGAGGAUGUGGACCAGCGCAGCUCCAGCAUCGCGGCUCUGAGGAUGAAAGCCAAGGAGCACAUUCAGUCUAUGGACAAGACCUGGCAACCCAUGUGACCAACAAAUUCUGUUUGGGGAAAAGGGAGACACUGAAAUCAAAUGUUACUCUUCAGAAACAAGCGGUCACACCUGCUGCUCACAAAACGUAAGAAGUGAACUUUGAACUACGAAAACUAAGAUUUAUUUUUUGCUUCAUCUCAAGAACGUAAAAGUAAAGCCUGAUCUGAGGUAAUGCUGUUUUUAAAACUUCCAGUUGUUAGAAACCUGUAGAUGUUUUAAGUUUAGCUGCAGGAAACUAAGAGGAGGUGACCGCUGCUCUCAUCAUCAUAACUAACACCGGAGGAACACAACAUGUGGACCACCCUGACUCUGAAAGUGUCGGGAGGUUGGGUGAAAUGUAAAUAUAAAGAGAACCUCAUAAACUGAUAUUUUAUUCACAAUGGAACAUAGAAAACAUAUCAAAUGCUUAAACGAAAAAGUUGUGGCUUUUUUAAAAUGUUACUUUGGAUUAUGCUGCAGCAACACAUCUCAGAAGACUAAUCAGGGGCAACAAGGAGCUGUAAAAGUAAGUAGAUGAGAAACAGCUAAAGAAGCAUUUUGUAGCUACUUUUAUUUUUGCAACAAAUCAGUAAGAAGUCCAGGUAAAAAGAGCUUUUUAAAAAGGCAGAAUCUCUUAGAAAUAAAGAUGGGCGGAACAAUUUCAGAAUAAUGUUCUGCACUGAAAAAAUGGGAAAACUUUGAAUGUUUGAACGUCUGACAAAAUCAUCAUAAGAUUUCAAAAACGUAAAGAAAUCUCUCAAAAAAUGAAACCAAAAGUCUGUACUGGACCGUGAUCCACAAGCUGUCAGGCGGUGCUGCAUUAAAAACAGAUCAGACUCGCUGAUAGAUUCAGGAACACGUCAACAAAUCACUAUCUGUGAUGCUGGUUAAAGCUCUAUCAGACAAAGAAGAAGACAUGUGGAUGUCAAGUCCUCGAUACUAAAGAGGAAAAGGACCAAUUCAGCCUGUUUUGGGCACACGGUUCAAACGCCUGCCUCUCUGAUGGUAUGGGGAUGCAUUAGUGCUUCUAGCACUGACCUUUUUACAUUUACUAAUGCUCAAAGUCAGUAGUUUGCAAUGCAUUGUGGUCUAGAUAGGAUCUUGCCUACUUCCUGUUUGUUGAAAUUCACUUAGUCUAAACCGUGUUCAGACCUAAGUUUCAGCUCUGCAGUCACUCCCCAACACCCAACAUUGCACUUUGCUAUGGCAACGUAAAACAUCAAUUAAACUAAUCUAAUAAAUAUGUUUAUAUAUACAAUAAAAUAAAAAAAUACGUGUAAAAGAUCAAAACAACAGAGUUGAACACUGACCAGUAAUGUGUAUGAUCUGUUUUGGAGGCGUGGUGCCUAAAUGUAUAGAGGUCAAAUUGUGAGCUUACACAUGUGGAAUGGUACCAUCUCUGCAGAAAAGUAUAUACAGGUUUUAGAACAACGUGUGUUCCCAUUAAGACAAGGUGUUUUUCUGCAUAUUUCACCAAGACAAUACUGCAUUCAUUACAACAGUAGUACUGCCUGCCUGCAGUCCAGACCACUGACUGAGAACGAUUAAUGCAUUGUGAAACUUAAAAAAUAAAGACCCAGGACUGUUAAACAGCUAGAAACAAAGAAUAAUCCAGACCAGGAUAAAAGAAAAGGACAUUAUUCAGUGUUUAAUACGAGCUCUGCACUUCAGUGCAUUCUGUUUUUACUUUCAUGUUACACAACAUCCCAGCUUUGAUGUGCCGUACACCACCAGUCAAAAGUUUUAGAGCACCCUCAAUUUUCCAAAAAGUUUAUUAUUUUUUAAUUUUUUUUAAAGUUCAAGUAACUCAAGUCCAAUUAAAGGGUACAAAUGUAAGUGCUGAACUGCCAGCGGUUUAAAAAAUGUAGGAUUACCCAAAUCUGAAAGCCAAGUUGUCUGUUGAAGACGUUUAUUGGACUUAUUAAGCUGCUCGAAUAUCAAAUAAAAAAUCAGGAAAAAUUAGAGUAUUCUAAAACUUACUUGCCGGUAGUGUACUUACGUUGUUAUAAAACACCCUUUAAUUUUUUUUCUUUUUACAAAUUUUCCACUGUUCAAUUCUGACCUUCAUUUCAACAAGCACAUGUCUCUAGAGCAGCAGUGUUUUUCACAGACUGCAGAUUUUUAUAUAUUUGUAAUUAGACCCUGAGACGAUCACUGAAGUUAAAAAAAGAAACUAUUUUCAAACUGUUUGUUGGGAGCUAAAGCUGAGAAUAUACCAAAUAUAAAUACUUUCUGCUUUAAAUGACGACAGAUGUGAGGAAACAGCGAGGUGUACGCUGGUUUUACAUCAAGUGACAGUUUUCUGUUUCUUUUUUCUUUUUCAUCAGAGUGCUGUCUGUCUGCGUGUACGUGCAGAGCAGCAGAAAGAGCCCUGCGUGAUGCCUCACCCCCACAUAGUUCAGGCAUUGUUUGGCACAAUUGAUCCAAAUGCAUCCCUUUUGUCUGAAACUGAAGGGGGACAAACGGUCUCAGGCUGCAUGUCGUCGUGGAAGUUUUAGUAACUUAAAUUGCAGCCAUUAGUCGUUCUUUCACCACCUGUUUUUUAGGGUGAAUUAUUUUAAAUCUUGCAAAAAAGUUGAGUUCAUUAUUGGAUGUAAAAAAAUAACCAAUACAUAUAUAUUUUACUUGACAACGGAAAAAGAGGGAGAACAAGUUCAUCAUUUUUAAAGUGCAAUCCCUUUUAUUAUUGUGAUUUUUUUCUAAUCCUAAAAAGGUAUUUAAACAACAAUCUUGGGUUGUUUCUUGUUCAUUUUGCUGUUCAGAGGAUCAAACAUUUCACUGCUGCUGCUCAUGCAGUUUUUCUGUAACAGAUCUGUUUCAGAUGCGAGUGAAGAACUCUGGAUUGUGUAAAAAAAAAAAAAAAAACAUGCAACACAAAUGUGAUUUUGGACCCAGAUUAAGCCAAAGGUUGUAGACGAUGGAUGAAAUUGCACUAGAACUGUUUUAGGUUUGUUAGCUGUAAUUUUUUUUAUGUGAAAACAAACCCUAGUCAUGUCUGUUUUAGUGAUAAUGUUUUAUUUCGUAAGAAUUAUCAUGUUCAUGUUUUGGUAAAAAUAACUAAAAUAAAUAUAGUUUAUUAAAUA